AUGGCAGAAUGUGCUUUGAUGAGGGAAGAGGGAAUUGAAACACUAGUUACAGGUCAGUCAACUCCUGGGCCACAGUACUUGGACACAGGCAGGAAGGACCCUCCCCCGGAAGUCUUACAGGGAGCACAACUCAGCAGACAUUUCAAUAUUAAACUUAAACCUGUCCUUCCUCAAAGGGACCUGAGGCCUUUUGCUAGAGUAACUGUACACUGGGGGAAAGGAAAUAAUCAGACCUUUAGGGGCCUACUGGACACUGGCUCUGAAUUGACAUUGAUUCCAGGAGACCCCAAAAAGCACCAUGGCCCUUCAGUUAAAGUAGGUGCUUACAGAGGUCAGGUGAUCAUUGGAGUUUUGGCAAAUGUUAGACUGACAGUGGGUCCAGUGGGUCCCCGAACGUACCCUGUGGUUAUUUCCCCAGUCCCAGAAUGCAUAAUUGGGAUAGAUAUACUUAGGAGUUGGCAGAACCCCCACAUUGGUUCCCUGACUUGUGGAGUAAGGGCUAUUAUGGUUGGAAAGGCCAAAUGGAAGCCAUUGAGGCUCCCACCACCAGGGAAAAUAGUGAAUCAAAAACAAUAUUGCAUCCCUGGAGGGAUUUCAGAAAUUAAUGCCAUUAUAAAGGACUUGAAGAAUGCAGGGGUGGUGGUUCCCACCACAUCUCCCUUUAACUCUCCUAUUUGGCCUGUUCAGAAGACAGAUGGAUCCUGGAGAAUGACAGUGGAUUAUCGGAAACUUAAUCAGGUGGUGACUCCAAUUGCAGCUGCUGUACCAGAUGUGGUUUCUUUACUUGAGCAGAUUAACACGUCUCCUGGUACCUGGUAUGCAGCUAUUGAUCUUGCAAAUGCUUUCUUCUCCAUACCUGUCCAUAGGGACCACCAGAAGCAAUUUGCCUUCAGCUGGCAAGGUCAGCAGUACACAUUUACUGUUUUACCUCAAGGUUAUAUUAACUCUCCAGCCCUGUGUCAUAGCUUAGUUCGCAGGGACCUUGAUUGCCUGUCCCUUCCACAGGGUGUCACGUUGGUCCAUUAUAUUGAUGACAUAAUACUAAUUGGAUCAAAUGAGCAGGAGGUGGCAACCACUCUAGAGUUUCUGGUACAGCAUACGCGCAUCAGGGGAUGGGAAAUAAAUCCAUCCAAAAUUCAAGGAAAUUCCACCUCAGUGAAAUUUCUAGGAAUUCAGUGGUGUGCAUGCAGGGAUAUUCCUUCUAAGGUGAAGGACAAGUUGUUGCAUUUGGCCCCUCCUACCACUAAAAAAGAAGCACAACGUCUAGUGGGUCUAUUUGGAUUUUGGAGACAGCACAUUCCUCACUUGGGUGUCUUACUCCGUCCCAUAUACCAAGUGACUUGGAAAGCUACUAGUUUUCAUUGGGGCCCAGAACAAGAGAAGGCUCUUCGACAGGUCCAGGCUGCUGUGCAGGCUGCUCUACCCCUUGGGCCAUAUGAUCCAGCAGAUCCGAUGGUACUUGAGGUUUCAGUGGCAGAUGGGGAUGCUGUUUGGAGCCUUUGGCAGGCCCCCAUAGGUGAAUCACAGCGGAGGCCCUUGGGAUUUUGGAGCAAGACCUUGCCAUCAUCUGCAGACAAUUAUUCUCCCUUUGAGAGAUAGCUCUUGGCCUGCUAUUGGGCCUUAGUGGAAACUGAAUGUUUGACAAUGGGCCAUCAAGUUACUAUGCAACCUGAGCUGCCCAUUAUGAGCUGGGUGUUGUCUAACCCACCAGGCCAUAAAGUUGGAUGUGCACAGCAGUAGUCCAUCAUUAAGUGGAAGUGGUAUAUAUGUGAUCAGGCUCAAGCAGGCCCUGAAGGUACGAGUAAGUUACAUGAGGAAGUUGCCCAAAUGCCUAUGGUUGCUACCCCUGUUGCAAUACCUUCUGUCCCCAAGCAUGCACCUAUGGCAUCAUGGGGUGUGCCCUAUGAUCAACUGACUGAGGAGGAAAGAUCUAGGGCAUGGUUUACAGAUGGUUCAGCACAUUAUGCCGGCACUGCCCAGAAGUGGACAGCUGCAGCAUUACAGCCCCUUUCUGGGACAACUCUGAAGGACUGUGGUGAAGGAAAGUCUUCACAAUGGGCAGAACUUUGGGCAGUGCAUAUGGCUGUGCAUUUUGCUUGGAAGGAAAAAUGGCCAGAUGUACGGCUAUACACUUACUCAUGGGCUGUGGCCAAUGGUUUGGCUGGAUGGUCUGGGACUUGGAAGGAGCACAGUUGGAAAAUUGGUGAAAAGGACAUUUGGGGAAGGUGUAUGUGGAUAGACCUCUCUGAAUGGGCAAAGGAUAUAAGGAUACUUGUGUCCCAUGUCAGUGCUCAUCAGAAGGUGACCUCACUGGAGGAUGACUUUAAUAAUCAAGUAGAUAAGCUGACCCGUUCUGUGGAUAGUGGUCAACGUCCUUCCUCAGCUGCCCCUGUCAUUGCCCAAUGGGCCCACGAACAAAGUGGCCAUGGUGGCAGAAAUGCAGGCUAUGCAUGGGCCCAACAACAUGGACUUCCACUAACUAAGGCUGACCUGGCUAUGGCUACUGCUGAGUGCCAAAUUUGCCAACAGCAGAGACCAACUCUGAGCCCCCGAUAUGGUAGUACCUGGUGGCAGGUUGACUACAUUGGACCUCUUCCAUCAUGGAAAGGACAGUGUUUUGUCCUUACUGGAAUAGAUACUUAUUCUGGGUAUGCAUUUGCCUUUCCUGCAUGUUCUGCUUCUGCCAAAACUACCAUCCGUGGGCUUACAGAAUGUCUUAUCCACUGUCAUGGCAUUCCACACAGCAUUGCUUCUGACCAAGGAACUCACUUCACCACCAAGGAAGUAAAGCAGUAGGCUCAUGAUCAUGGAAUUCACUGGUCUUACCAUGUGCCCCACCAUCCUGAAGCAGCUGGCUUGAUAGAAUGGUGGAAUGGCCUUUUGAAGGAACAGCUACAGUGCCAAAUAGGUGGCAACAGCUUGGCGGGCUGGGGGAGUGUCCUCCAGCAGGCUGGAUAUGCUCUGAAUCAGCAUCCUAUAUAUGGUACUGUUUCUCCUAUAGCCCGGAUUCACGGGUCCAGGAAUCAAGGGGUGGAAAUGGGAAUGGUCCCACUUACCAUCACCCCAAGUGACCCGUUAGCUAGAUUUUUGCUUCCUGUUCCUGCAACAUUACACUCUGCUGGACUACAAGUCUUGGUCCCAGAGGGGGGAGUGCUUUUGCCAGGAGACACAAAGAACAUUCUAUUGAACUGGAAGCUAAGACUUCCCCCUGGUCACUUUGGGCUCCUAAUGCCCUUGAGUGAACAGGCUGAGAAAGGAGUUACAGGGAUUGCAAGGGUGAUUGAUCCAGAUUACCUGGGGGAAAUUGGGCUGCUCCUUCACAAUGGAGGUAAGGACGAGUAUGCCUGGAGUUCAGGAGAUCCUUUAGGGCAUCUGUUAGUGUUACCAUGUCCUGUUGUCAAAGUCAAUGGAUGACUGCAACAACCCAAUAGAAGUAGUGUGAUAAAUGGCCCAGAUCCUUCAGGAAUGAAGGUGUGGGUUACCCCUCCAGGUAAAGAACCAAGACCUGGAGAGGUGCUUGCUGAAGGUGGAGGGAAUACAGAAUGGGUAGAAGAAGAAGGCAGUUACAAAUAUCAGCUAAGGCCACAUGAUCAGUUACAGAAACGAGGACUGUGA